UUUUUCGAAUAAUGUGUUCCACUUUGAAGAAUUUGCCUUUAGAUGGUAUUCGCCAUACAAUAUUUUUGCGAUUUACUUUUAGCGAUUUUUCGCGCAUAGAAGCUAGCGCCACAUUGGUCGAUGCGGAGAGUAGGAAAACAGCCGAUGUAGUUAAUUCAUUAACCGAAUUUUGCAUUCGGUUGAAAAUUGUUGGUACAGUUCUUAAUUUUACCAUGGAUUCGGUGGAAACAAUAACAAAAUUUAUUUCAGUGUGUGUUUAACGCAAAGCAAAAGCAGCGGAAGUAAAAGAAAAAAUGUCGCUAAUUCGGUUUUGAACUGAAACAUAAUAGUUAAAAUAAUAAAAAUUCCAACAAAACUCGUUCCAAUGGACUACCCGCUUGGCGCACACCCACAGUUGAUCAGCAGGAGUAAAUCCAUUUUAUUUUGUAUGGUGAAAAGCAUCUAAACAUGAAUUACUUGAAAUAGAAAGCUUUUACUGAAAAAAUAUUUGGUAGGCUUAAUUGUAGUCACCAUUGUGCACAACCACUACCAAAUAUUUUUUCGAAAUGUAUUCCACUUCGAUAAAUUUGCCUUUAGAUGCUAUUGGCCAUACAAUAUUUUUGCGAUUUUUCGCGCAUAGAAGCUAGCGCCACAUUGGUCGAUGCGGAGAGUAGGAAAACAGCCGAUGUAGUUAAUUCAUUAUUUAAAACAAAAAUAUAACAACUUGCGAUACAAUCUCCACUUUGCCUAGUAGUUAAGGGUAUGGAUCAUCAAUCCGGAAACGCUGGGUUCGAUUCCUGUUCCAAUCGGGAAAAUUUUCUCGACUCCCUGGACAUAGUGUAUCAUUGUACUUGCCUCACAAUAUACAAACUCAUGCAAUGACAGGCAGAGAAAGUCCUUCGAUGAAUGAAUUACCUACAUCGGCUGUUUUCCUACUCUCCGCAUCUACCAAUGUGGCGCUAGCUUCUAUGCGCAAAAAAUCGCUCAAAGUAAAUCGUAAAAAUAUUGUAUGGGGAAUACCAUCUAAAGGCAAAUUCUUCAAAAUGGAACACAUUAUUCGAAAAAAUAUUUGGUAGUGGUUGUGCACAAUGGUGACCACUAUUAAGCCUACCAAAUAUUUUUUCGGUAAAUGCUUUGUAUUUCAAGUAAUUCAAGUUUAGAUGCAUUCCGCCAUACAAAAUUAAAUUGAUUUACUCCUGCUGAUCAACUGUGGCUGCGUGCAAAGCGGGUAGUCCAUUCCAUUGUCUGAACUAGUGAUUGGAACGAAAUAGCGGAAAGUUAGCCUGAGUAUAAAGUGUGCCGAUGUGUAGUCUUUAGAAAGAUAUCAAGAUCAUGAAAAUUUCACACCACAUUGAUAUUGUGCAUUCCCUCUUAUCGUUAAUUUUUCGAGUUAUAAAUGUUCUUCAUUCUGCUUCAAUGAGGUUUGCCCUUCUUUUAAAUAUGGGUCGUUCUUUUCUGUUGUACUGAUUGAUAAUGAUAUGGCACUCAACUAAGAACAAGCUCAUCAUAAUUUUCCUUUCUUUUAUUUAUAGAAUGUUCUUUCUAUUUAUUUUUGAAUAUUCAAUCGAUGAAAACGCUAUUUAAACGCAUAAUAACUUAUACUUUAAGUCUUAAAGUAUUCUUGCUUACAAAGGGAGUAUAUGAGCACAAUUUUAAUGUGUAUUAACAGGCAUUAAAACGAAAAGUCAAUGGAACUCAAUCUUUUUGACAAAUAAAUUUGAAGCAUUCAUCAGAUUUUUUUUGUAAAUCAAUGGAUCAAUCAUGACCGAAGUAGCAUUUGGAAUUGACAUUUCUACUGAUCAUAUUUGUUUAUUCUUCAAUCACUUAGCUUAAUUUACAGUUCUAUUGUCCACUAGGGUACUGCGUGAGCGAUUCCAAUGAAUGAAUUAACUACAUCGGCUGUUUUCCUACUCUCCGCAUCGACCAAUGUGGCGCUAGCUUCUAUGCGCGAAAAAUCGCUAAAAGUAAAUCGCAAAAAUAUUGUAUGGCGAAUACCAUCUAAAGGCUAAUUCUUCAAAGUGGAACACAUUAUUCGAAAAAAUAUUUGGUAGUGGUUGUGCACAAUGGUGACCACUAUUACUUACAAAAUAUUUUUUCGGGAAAAGCUUUGUAUUUCAAGUAAUUCAAGUUUAGAUGCAUUUCGCCAUACAGAAGUUUAUCAAGAUGGCGAACCAAACAGUUCAAGCGUGUGCGAAGUGCAAGAAAAACAUUAAUUUGCGAAACGGGAAGCCCUUACAGUGCGACGGAAAGUGUAAACAAUGGUUCCACAAGGCAUGUACGUCGGUAUCUGAUGCGGAAUAUCAGGAAAUCCAAUCGGUUCCUGAUAAAUUUUGGUUUUGCAUUCCUUGCAAAGACAACCGAAAUAAGAGCAGACGGAGUACGAUCAACAUGGCCGAUCAACCGUUGUUAUCCACGCCGAACGGCAUUGAAAAGGUCGCUGGUCCGUUCAACAUGGAAUCUGUGAUCGGAAGAAUCGAAUCCAAGCUGGACAAGUUGAUUUGUUGGCAGAAGGAGGUCAUCACUGAAGUGCGUGGAAUUCAAAAUACACUUGGAGAACUGCGCACUACAACGGAGACCUUGAUGGACGAGCAACAGCAGCUACGAGAACAAAACGAUGAGCUGCGAAGGAAAGUUGAAUGGUGCGAAAUAGAAAUUGACAAACAGAAGCAAGAACAACUCGGUAAAUCGCUGGAAGUGUCGAAUAUUCCGGUGAUAGAAGGUGAAGAUCUCUUCAAAAUAGUUAACACCAUUUGUGAGGAGAUCAGUGUUGAUCUACGGAGAGAUGACGUCGAGGGAAUUUGUAGGGCACCGUCCAAUGUGUCCAUCAAAUCUCAAUUGCCUCCAUCAAUCCUGGUUCGAUUCCACAGCAAGGAAAAACGGGACGAAAUAAUGGCAAAGAAGAAAAGCAAAAGAGACCUAACUACAUCAGUGUUGAAUAUAUCUGCCGAAAAUUCUCGCAACGUCAACAUCUACAUCAACGAAGUGUUGACAAGGCGAAAUCGGUAUCUAUUCAAGAUGGCACGAGACCUAAAGCGAAAUGGAAAAGUUAAAUUUGCGUGGUUCAGAGAUGGUAGAUUGUUGGUACGAAAAACUGAAAAAGGGAGAGUGAGAGAAGUCUUCUCCAGUGACAUACUAAAUGAAUACUCGAAAUGAUCCAAUCCAACUUCUACCGUCUCUUCUAACCACGACCACAUCAACGACAACUACAAUUACAAGUCUCAAAAUCAACAAAAUGAACAGUCUCAAAUUGCUUUACUUCAAUGCCCGAAGUCUACGGGAGAAGCUCACCGAAUUGGAGAUAAUGCUGGAUGAAGUUGGAUGCCGGAUAGAUGUUCUCCUCAUAACGGAAACUUGGUCUCGAAGCGAAAUCGAAACAUCUAUGUCACUUCAGAACUAUCACUGCUUUUUCGCGUCACGAACAUCCAGACGAGGAGCAGGUUCCGCGGUGUUUGUGCACAAAGAUAUAAAUGCGAAACUGGUUGAAUCGUACUGUGACGAAUAUAACAGCAUCACCGCUGUAGAAAUCGGGUAUCCACAGAAGAUUGUUUUGGGGUGUAUAUAUAGACCACCUCAAACACUAGCGACUACUGUUGAUGAAUUCCUCGACACUUUAGAUGACUUUCUCACACGACGAAGCUCUGGAUGAACAACUCAAGUGGAACGAACACAUAAGCAAGCUGAGCACUACACUCGCUCAAGUUGCUGGCGUUUUUAGGAGAAUUUCAGAUCUUGUACCGCUGGAUACCAAGCGGAACCUCUAUUUCACACUAUUCCAUAGUCACCUAACGUAUGGAAUAUUAGUUUGGGGAGCAGCAAGCAAAACAGCACUAAGACCUCUACAAAUAAUUCAAAAUAAAGCUAUCAAGAACCUGUUCGGCUACCAUCGUAGAACACCAACCGCUCUCAUCCAUACGAAACACAGCCUUCUUAGCGUCCAAAAUCUGUAUAGUGCUGCCUGUACCCACGUUCAUCGUAUUUUGCAAAGCAAUGUACAUACGAAUACAACCCUCAACCGUUCAUGCGAGCAACAUCACCACAAUACCAGAGGAAGAGAUCGCUUGAUAUCCCAUAGACAAUCCACGACAACGUUUGGACAGAAUUCGGCGGUCAAUAAGGCAACUUUGCUAUACAACAGUCUCCAACAGGAACUAAAACUUCUUCCACAAAAUAGCUUUAAGUUCAAAUUGAAGAAUGUGUUAUUAAGCAACCAGUCCUGUAUUUAAUGAAUUCAUGAGUCGUUUUAUUGUAAUUUGUUUGUUAAUGAAUUAACUACAUCGGCUGUUUUCCUACUCUCCGCAUCGACCAAUGUGGCGCUAGCUUCUAUGCACGAAAAAUCGCUAAAAGUAAAUCGCAAAAAUAUUGUAUGGCGAAUACCAUCUAAAGGCAAAUUAUUCAAAGUGGAACACAUUUUUCGAAAAAAUAUUUGGUAGUGGUUGUGCACAAUGGUGACCACUAUUAAGCCUACCAAAUAUUUUUUCGGGAAAAGCUUUGUAUUUCAAGUAAUUCAAGUUUAGAUGCAAUUCGCCAUACAAAAUUAAAUUGAUUUACUCCUGCUGAUCAACUGUGGCUGCGCGCAAAGCGGGUAGU